AUCGCCAUCAAUCCCGAUUGAUCCGUGAGGCGUCUCAAGCCCGGUUAUUAUUAGUGUCUGGUCGGCGUGCGCGAUGAUCGUGCGGACGCCCAUUCCGGGUGGCUUCUUGGUCGCUGUCCCGAGCAUCAGAAAGCUCAUAUAGUUAUGAAUGUUGUUGAAUUUUGAGUCAGAGGAGGUCUAGGCUUGGAAAUGUUGACAGGCAAAUAUAGGCUUCUUCAAAAGCCAUGCCAGAGGUACUACUAGCGCGGGGAGCGUCUCCACUCUGGCAAAGGUCUCAAGGGCGUGGUUACGUUUUCCCCGGGUCGAGUUCUAUGCCAACCUGGAUUGACACGGAUCCGCUUUCAUUUCGACUGAUAACUUCACCAAAAAAAAAAAUAUUAUAAAUCCUCAUGAUCGCUCUAGAACCCCAAUACGGAUGGCGAAUAUGUUGGAUUUGUUACUUAUCUCACGCCUUCCCCUUCCAGGAAAAGGGAUGCUGGAUGCAAGUACAAAAAUGAACUGCUGAUGAACUGCAGAUUUCAUUCUUACUAUCAAUUUUUCAAGGUUCCCUAGAUCUUCUAUGAAUGUUAAUCAUGUCAGACACUCCAGAUUCCAAGAACGAGGUCUCAUCUGCCUCUAUUGUGGCGGAGGAGAAGAGCGAUGCCGUCCCAACGUUUCCGGAUGGCGGGCUCAAGGCGUGGUUGGCGGUUGCAGGCGCCUUUAGCACUAUGUUCUGCACUUUUGGAUACCUGAGCACCUUUGGUGUACUGGAGUCAUACUAUUUCAGUAACCUUCUACGGGGCAGUUCCCACUCUGAGAUUGCCUGGAUUGGAUCACUGCAAGCAUUCUUUAUGUGCACCACCGGUCUAGUGUCCGGGCCGCUGGUGGAUCGAUAUGGAACAAAGGGUAUCCUGGGUGGGUUUGGUAUCGGGAUGCUUUAUACUCCUGCUAUCUCAAUCCUUGGUCACUAUUUCCAAGAGAAGCGCGAUCUUGCCAUUGGCAUUUCAUCGGCCGGCUCGCCACUUGGGGGCAUAAUCUUCCCAAUUGCUCUCAAUCGCUUCCUCCAACAUACGGACAUUGGGUUCCCCUGGUCCGUUCGAAUCAUCGGGUUUAUUAUGCUCGUCCUGCUCUCCAUUGCGUGCGCGACCCUUGUACCACGUAUCUCGCCGAGAAAGGGUCCGCAUUUCCUUCCGGCCGCCUUCAAGAAGCCAGUUUACUCGCUGCAGGUGGUGGGCUAUAGCGUUAUUUUCUGGGGCAUUUACACACCAUUCUUUUUCCUUCCCGCAUAUGCCACCUCCCAUGGAGUCGAUGUCGAUUGGGCGUUUUAUAUCAUGCCGAUCUACAACUCCGGAUCCUUCAUGGGCCGAAUCGUCGGUUCUAGGCUUACAUUAUACCUCGGGCGGUUUAACACUCUGAUCGGAGCGAUCUUCAUCUCUGGAGUCCUGGAGUUCUGUUGGCUAGCAACGUCCAACCUUGGAGGUCUGGUGACUUUCGCAGUUCUCUUCGGGAUAUCUUCAGGGGCCAUCAUUGGAUUAUUCCCAACGACAGUGGCCAUGACUGCUCCUCAGGCCAAUCAAAUCGGGACAUAUCUGGGUAUGAUGAUGGGCGCGCUGGGAGUAUUCUGCCUUACCGGCUCGCCGAUGAUGGGCGCCAUUGUCAGCAGUUCUGGGUUCACGCCCGCCAUUGCGUUUAGCGCCGCACUCACGAUGCUUGGAGGAAUUAUGAUAUUGGUAGCGCGAAUAUUCCAUUCCAAAGAGAUAGUUGCAUGAUCCGGUGUUUGGUAGUACCGGUGGAUUUGAAAAAGUUAUUUGUGACGGUUGAGGUUUCCAUAGCAUGCAUCGGCAUUGACGGGUACAUAUAACAUACAUAAGGAGCAUAGAUUUCGGAACAGUAGUGAGAGAUAGAUCUUAUGUAGGU